GUGCGGCAGGCCGAUGACUACGGCGGCGAGGACGCAGCAGCAGAGCCAGGGGGAGGGAUACCGACCGGGGAAGCCAAUGGCUGCGGCGGGGCCAGGGGCAGGGCCGCGGUCGACGGAUGGGCAGCCUGGGUGCUGCUUUAGCGAUAAUGGGGGGUGCUGCUUUAGUAACCACGGGGGGUGCUGUUUCAGUGAUCAUGGGGGGUGCUGUUUCAGUGAUAAUGGUGGGUGUUGCUUUGGUGACCAGGGAGGGUGCUGUUGUAGUGAUGGGAGGAAGAGGUGAUGGACGGAGGGAGGGAAUGGGUUGGUUCAGGGUCUGCUGGAUGGGAAGGUAUGGGCGUCAUUGGGAAAACAUGAUGCGGUUGGCGUUGCGGGAGAAUUGGGCCCUUGAAAGGGAAUAUGGUGAGGUUGCCAGGGGUUCACGACGUUGGGAACGUUGAUGUUGACUUGCUAGAUACCCCCGAAUCCGCGAUGCGCAAUGAUUCCAAUACUUUAUUUUUGUUUCUCCCGACAUCCCUUUUCUCUGUCCCGAUCUGGGAGGGCUGGCUAUGGAUUCGUAUCUUCGUCGUCUCCAUCCACGCAUCCAUCAGGACCUAGCAAUACGAAGAUAGGUAGCUGGGCCCGAGGGUCCCGCCACCCCGCCGAGAAGUUGACUUUCUCACUUCUGCGCCACGUCUGAGUCUGCUAUGGCGAUCAAGUGG